GAAACAAAUGGCAAACGAUGAAACGAGUAAAAUUGGUCAGGAAAAAUUCGAGUGGUUUGCAGUUUGAAAAAAUUCUUCGUUGAGGAUAGAUCGCUAUUUUUUAGGAGUAAAUUAAAUUCGAACGAGUUCAACGAAUAUUUCUUGUGCUUGAAAAACACAAAACAAUUCGAUCAAAAUGUUUAAAAGCCAUUUGGAAAUGAUCGGUCGCAAUGAGACCCCCAGCAAGAAGGCGAAAUUCUGGCAAUCCUACAUCAGAUCCCUGAAAGGAUCCGAGGAUAUUCGCGCCCAUGAAACCCCGAGAGCCUCACGUCCAUACAGCUCCUACCUGGAGACACCACCAUACAGGAGCAUCUAUGAUGAGCCCUCGACGGCCAACGAACGUGUGCAGUCCACUGGCUACAGAUACUUGCCCGUGAGCCGUGACACCUACGGUUACUCGCCACGUGCCAUCUACGAUCAUCACUACAGCAGAACUAUUCCAGCUAACUACGACGCAGAGAAGGCCUGGAAUGAUCAUUUGAAGCGCAUGCAGGAAAUUGAGCGCAGAUAUCCAUCUCGCUAUGGUCUCUACUUGAGAGACAAGCCAUUGACACCCAAUUCUUUGGUGCCUUUGGAAUACGAGCCAGAAGACAAGCUGCUGGCAGAACUCAACAAGGCGCGUCGCUCGGCAUCGCCAGCACGUCCCAGUCGUUCGACUCGCGCCGGCAGCGAACCCUAUGUGCCUCCUCCAGUUUACUGGAACCGUGAUGGCAGUGUGCCACGUGGACCAUCCGUUUUCGACCGUGCAACCAGCUUGGCUCCGUUCACGAGGCCACUUUUCCGUGCCAGCUCGCUGGAACCAUUGGAUGAACUCUUUGAACGUAAGUCGCCCGAGGUAGAGGCAGCGGCAGCGGCAGCUGAAGCUGAAGCUGCCGGGCCAGCUGUGGCUAGGCCGAGCAUUUUUGAGCGCGCCGGCUCGCCAAGUCCCACUCCUGUCAAAGCCGGUCGCUGGGGACCUCGUCCCACUGAAGUCGCCUAUGAUGCUGAUGGACUUCCAAUCUUCCAUCCGCGUAACCGCAUAAGGGAUAUGUUGAGCCCCAGCCCUCACUUGCCCAUCUCAUCGAUUGUGCGCGAUCCCUUCUGGUGGGACGUUGAUGAUUUGGUGCCCUUCCGUGCCACUUCAGUGCCCCUUUUCCGUGCAUCAAGCCCCGUGGCACGUGAUUCGUACUUGUCGCCGGUGAAGAACCGUUACUUGUGGUCGAGGCACCCUGCCAGACCCUUGACACCUGAGGAAGAGGAAAUUUUCUAAGAAAAUCACAUCUCAAAAUCGUUAGCUGUAUCAAACGCAAUUCUAAUCAAAACCGAUGCUAUGUAUAUCAUAUGGCAUUUUAAAAUUUCUUUAUAAUAUACAAUUUACAAAUAUCACAUGUAACGAAAUGUUAAGCAAUCAAAUUGCACACCGCUCGAUUUUGUAAACGAACGACAACGAAUUACAACAACCUAUAACGAUGACUUAAACAACAGCAAGGACAACCACAACGAAUGCAUAAUGGGGCCCCCAAACGAUGAGCUUUGUUUUCCACUCAAACAACUGCAAAAUGAAUUUAAUAAAAAGUAGCAAGACCCGACUUAAAUUAUAAUAAAACAUAGUUUAUAGUCUUUAAAUCCUCCA